ACCCAAUAUUUUAUUCUUGUCCCUGUUGAGGUUUUACCAGGCAAAACUACACAGGACAUACCACUUUUGAAACUCUCCUCUAUAUAACUCUGGUCCCCUACCCUCAAACCUGGGAAAACCCAAAUUCAGUACUCCAACAAAUUAAAAAAAAAAUGGAGUUUGAGAGUUUUGAUGAGGUUAGCCUUUCUCCAUCCUACAUUCAUGAGUUUCAAGAACAUGGCUUGAAAUUCUACACAGACAACUCAGUUAGUUCUUGUGUGGUAGAUUAUAGACAAGAAUAUGGGUUGAAAAUCCGCACAAAUAGUUCUGAUUCGGAUUCUUGGGUGGCACAUUGUGGACAAGAAUAUGGGUUGGAAGUUCACACCGGUGAUUCAAUAGGUUUAUGGCUGACAGAAUGCGGGACCAAUAACUCAGUUGGUUCUUGGGUGACGGAUUAUGGAGAGAAAGACCAGUACUACUCCAACUCCAACGAUGUGGACAUCCAAGAAUGUCUCCAACUAGAGACAGACAUCAUGGACCUCGAUUUCAUCGACGAAGAUGCUGUCUUUUCCCAGGACAGGGAGCAAGAAACUCCAACGGAAAAGGCCGGCGUCUCUGGCUUCUUAACCCCAGAAAAUUACACCUCCCAUCUCAAAACCAUCCAAGAAGAACUCAUGGAAGAAACCAGCCUAACUGAUCUUCUCCUCAUGGGAGCCCAAGCUAUCCAGGCCGGGAACAAAGAUCUAGCCUCAAUGAUAGUCCUCAAGCUCAAUAAUCUCCAGAUUUCCAGCGAAGAAGAAACAGGGCAUCUUGAUCGCCUAGCUCUUUACUUCACCCAAGGAUUGGUCCUAAAAACCAUGAAUUUUGGGGAUCAAAAUUGGCAAUUGGGAUCAAUGUCGGCUUUCCAAAUGCUCCAAGAAAUCUCCCCCUACAUAAAAUUCGCCCAUUUCACCGCAAACCAGGCCAUCUUAGAAGCCACCCAGAGCCAAAGAGAUGUUCAUAUAAUCGAUUUCGACAUCAUGGAAGGAAUCCAAUGGCCGCCAUUAAUGGCGGAAUUAGCAGACAGGGAAAACGCCUCUCUCAGAAUCACCGCCAUAGUCACAGAGCCCCAAACCUGGGCUUAUACUCAACAAACAGGGAAAAGGCUACACGAAUUCGCGAACUCCAUUAGCCUUUCCUUCUCAUUUGAUCAGAUUUUACUAACCAAAGAGCAAGAUUUGGAGCAAAUUCAGGGCCUGGGGAAUAACCCAAUCGCCAAUUUAAUGAUCCACCAGCUUCACAUCCCACACAGAGAGAGCUCACUAAUCAAGAUUUUCCUAAACGGGCUCAGAAAUCUCUCCCCAAAGAUGAUAAUCAUGGUGGAAGAAGAGCUCUUCAAUAUCUCAAGAACCCCAUCCAUGUCGUUCGUGGAGUUUUUCAGGGAAGCCAUUCAUCAUUACACUUCCCUAUCCGAUUCUCUGCAGGGAGGGUUCUGUGGGGGGUACAAAUUGGCGCAAAGGGUCAUAGAAAAAGAGUUUCUUGGGCCAAGAAUUGUGGACUGUGUGAGGCAAUUUCCAGCUGGGAAAAGAGAGAGACAAGUAUGGAGUCAAGGGGUGUAUUCUCUGAAAGGAUUUAAGGCAAUUCCUAUGAGUUCUUGCAAUGUUAGCCAGGGUAAGUAUCUUGUGAGCCUCUUCAAUGGAGGUUUUUGGGUGCAGCAUGAACAGUGUAGGCUUUCCCUGUGCUGGAAAUCACGGCCGUUGAUCACUGCCUCCAUUUGGGUUCCCACAUCAUCUUCAAUUGGUCACAGUCUUUCGAGGUCAACUUCUUUUGAUUGAUUCUUCAUGUCAGCAUUCAGCGCUUACCAAUUACCAUUACACAUCGAGGAUCAUGUUUCAUUCAGGGCUUACCAGUUAUUAUUACGUCAAAAGUUAUAGUUAAUAA